AUGGCCUCAAUGUUCAAGAAGGUGCCCAAGACUGACGCACAAACGACAUCUCCGGUGGCCAACAACAGCAACAGAGGAAGUGCUGGAGGUCGCCGCGGCACAUUCACGCGCCGACCUGGUCGGCAGAAGCUGACAGGUCUGUUUGCAGAUGGAAUCUGGCACUGCGACUGUGACAGUAACCCUCGCCUUCCUGCUGAACGUUUCCAGGUGAAGAAAGAAAGUGCAAACAAAGGCAGAUGGUUCUACGCUUGCCAGAAUGGAAACGGCCGGAAGUGCGGCUUCUUUCUUUGGCAGGAUCCAGAUGCAAAACUACGGGAGGAAGCUGCUCUCCUGGGCAACUCCAGGACCGAACCCAAAAGCACGGCGGAUAAGUCCUUGUACCCCAUACAUCAAUCGUCCCGGACAAUGCAGUCAUCUCCGAACAGCACGUCAACACUGAGCCAUCCCAGCAGCACUCUGAAGCGACCAUUCUCUGACGUUGGCCUUGGUGAUGAUGCUGAUACUAACCACGAUUCACUCCCUUGGUCUCUGUCAGGCCAAGAAGAAGUCGAGUUGCUUGAUGCGCCAGAGACACCACGUAAGGCAGUCAAAUUCGAUGGUCUCGCUACACCAGCGACUAGCGUGCACAGAAAGUUGCCAUGGCUAGAUCCAUCUGUCCAGGUACCAUCCACAGUCUCUGUAAAAGCAACCCCUUCCAAGGAAUCUGCUCAGCUGUCGCUUCCUACGUCGUCAACAUACAAAUUGGCUGUCACACAACACGCUGUCUUGACACCGCAGGUCACUCCAAGUCCCUCGCGCUUUCGCGACCCGUCAGCAGAUACAUCGUCUCCCCUAUCCACACUCAAUGAAGACGUCUUCGCCGCCCUGAAAGACUCCGGCGUCACACUACCAUCUAGCUUGACAUCGAAACUUCGAGAAGUCUUGACUCGUCACGAGCUACGUACGCAUGGGGUCGUCAAGGGCAGAGAAAUAACUCGUCUUGCUCUCAAGGCACGCGAAGCCAAGAUAGUUGAGCUUCAAGCCACCAUUACAAGCCUUGAGGCAGAAAGAAAUGUCGACCAUGCACGUAUUACAAGACUUGAAUGGGAGAAAGACAUGUUGGUGAGCAACGAAGACUUUGACACAGAGUUGUAG